UUCAUAGUGGUCCUUUAUUGUAGGGUCCUCUGCGUCGGUUCAGGAUUACAAAACCGGUUCUAACCUAGUUUUGAGUAGACUGUCGGAGUUGUGUUGUUUGUGAUCACACUCUAUUGUCUUGACGUUGUAAACUUUGUUUAACACACUUCUGGUCGCUAGUCUUCCUAGUCUAUUUGGUAUAGUUAAGUUGGAUAGAAGUAGCGCAUUCGCUCUGGCAAUGAGUCACGCACAUCACCUUUUGAAAUUGCUACUCCUUCUCCUGGCAGUCUUGGCUGGAUCACAACCACAUGGAGCAGUUGCCGCAAAGUUUGAAGUUAAAGAUGUAACCAAUAAAACCUGCACAAUAGUUGAAUUACUGAUGAACUUCUCAAUCAAGUAUGAAACAGUUGAAGAAAAAGAGAAACUGAUUUUUUUUCCCAUUCCGGAAGAUGCUGUAGUGAGUGGUAAUAGCACCUGCGGAAAAGGAAGCAGUGAAUCAUCACUUCUGGUUGUCACUUUUGGAACUGGGCAUUCUGUAUCCUUCAGUUUUUCUAGGAAUUCGUCCGUAUAUUAUGCAGAAAAACUGGGAGUUGCUUACAACCUUGGGGAUAAGCAUAUUUUCCCUGAUGCAAGACGUAAUGAUGUAAGUUUUUCAUCAGAAAGCACUGGAAUUAAUGCACAAGUAAACACAACAUACGUAUGUAUGACCGCUCAGGAGAUCCAAAUGGCUAAUGCUACUGUUGUGAUCAGUGCAGCCAGAAUUGAAGCUUAUGUUCCCGGCAGUGAUUACAGUAAAGAAGAAACUGUGUGCGAGGCAGACAAGACCACCUCUACCACCACUGUACCUACAACUGUGACUCCAACACAGCCCCCCACCCCUAAAGAUCCAGUGUCUAUUAAAUAUAAUGUUACUAGUUCAAAUGGGACCUGCUUACUUGCACAGAUGGGCCUGCAACUUAAUCUUACUUACAUCACAAAAUACAAUAAGACUGGAGUAGAAAUCAUUAACAUAGACUCCAAUGCCACUGCAUCAGGGUUUUGUGAAAGUACUUCAGUAGGUCUUUCUCUGAAAAGUGAGCGAACUUCUUUGUGGCUGUUUUUCUCCAUGGACACAGCUGCCCAAAGAGGAAGUGUCCUUCACAAAGUGAGACAGGUGGUAACCCUGCGUGGUGCCCUGAAUGUCACAAAUACCAGCUUGAACUACUUGCAGGCAACUCUUGGCAAAUCCUUCAAGUGCAGUUCCAAACAAAUACUUCAGGUUUCUCCAGUGUUUGCACUGGAUGUUUUUAAGGCGCAGGUUCAGGCUUUUACUGUACAGAAUGGAAAAUUUGGAGAAGCGGAAGAGUGCCUGUUGGAUCAAAACAAUAUGCUGAUCCCCAUCAUUGUUGGUGCCGCACUUGCUGGACUUGUUCUUAUUGUGCUGAUUGCAUAUCUAAUUGGCAGAAAAAGAAGUCAUGCUGGGUACCAGACAAUUUAAGCUACUUUUGAAUCCCUUAGAGCGUUUCCACUAUUAGAACUGGCCACCUGCUGAGAGAAGCAGAUGAACCACUUCCACAUUCUGAGAGCUCAAUUCCCAUUCUAACAGAGUUUUCUGCUUCUUGCUAAAAUGUAAUAAGACUUCUAUAACAUUAACUUAUGGAAUGCACUGUAUUUUUAUGUAAGUCAACAUCUACUGAAACUGAAUGGGAAUAAAACAUGGGUAAAUAUUUGCUCAAUGGAAAAACACUAAGUGGCCUGGGAAUGAUGUAUGUAAUGCCAUGGCUAGGAGUCAUUUUGCACAUACCCUUCCAUUUCCCUUAUAUGCCUCACAGCUUUUUAAUGUAAUUUGCUUGAAUUCAGACAGUGUUCAGCUUUUUCAGCAGGUGCCACUGCUUUAUCUGAAGUAAGACAUUUUGCAAAAUUGAAGAUGCUGUCUGAAGUGUUUCCAAGUUACAACUCCUCUUCACCUGGGAAUAGUUGAGGGGGAGUGACAAUAUUGAGUGCAAGACAGGUCUGCUUGUAGGUAGAUGCACUUGACUGUAAUACAGGGUAAUCAAAGCAGUAUUGAUUCUGAAUGUAAAGUCACUGGCACAUUUUCAGUCAUUGAAUAACAGUUUUAAUAGACCUGAUGAAGGGCUGACACUCGUGAGGCAGUUUUUUUUCUCACCUAGUUGUAUAUCAACUUGGUGAGCAGUUCCCUUUUUACGAGGUCUUCGGGGAUUUUUGGAGUUUUUCGCUGCUUUUUACCCCACUGUCUUGUUUUUAAUUUUUUGGGACAUUUGCACACCAUUGAGUAUUUGUUCUAAUGUAUAUGCUUUAAAUAUAACAGUGCUAAUAAAAUUUUCUUUAUGGGA